AUGACCAUCAACGGCGCAGAAUCAGUAACAGACGCCCAUUUGGCCGCUCAAAACAUAUGCAACAUCUCGGCUUCUUCCAGCUGUCAACCCCUAAAUUCCAAUACGACUCGAAAUUUGAACCGGAAAGCAUGUUUCGCCUCUCCUCCUUUCAUCCCCAUUUUCGCUGGUCUACCGUAUACAGGACUACUACACCUCAUCUUAAAACUCUAUAGUGGAGAAUGUUUCAAGGAGAACCUCUUUAAGUAUACAAGGCAUCGCUGGGUAUACAACGAAUCACGCCGCCUAUCGGAGAGGUAUCUUGAAUUCGACCUUGGACAACUUCUAAAAGCCGCAGUAGCAGCAGGGUCCUCCUCGGGGGCCCGUUCUUGCACUAGUCUACUGAAGGGUAAAGAGGGGUUAAACAACAAAGCCUAUCUACUCACAAUGGACAACGGUGCAGAAGUCUUCGCAAAACUCCCAAAUCCGUGUGCGGGGCCAUCUUUUUAUACAACCGCAUCAGAAGUUGCUACUCGCGAAUUUCUGCGCGAAGUAUUGAAUAUUCCUACUCCUCGCAUAAUUGCCUGGUCAGGCGAUCGGAGCAAUCCAGUUAGAGCAGAAUACAUUCUCGAGGAGAAGGCUCCAGGCAAGCCGCUCGGGAGACUAUGGCAAGACUGGGAUGAAUGGCCAAUGGAAAAAAGAUUCACCAUCAUAGAGCAAAUUGUGGAAAUUGAGCGGAAGCUUUCAUCUCUGAGGUUCGUGAGGUCCGGAUGUAUUUAUUUCAGGGAAGAUAUUCCAAAUAGUGGCGCCCUUGUGACGAACCCGCCACUUUCCUCGCCAAUACUCGAACGUUUCACUUUGGGACCACUCGUCAAGACGGGAUUAUGGAGCGGCGAAAAGAUCAGUAUCUUCGACUGA